UAACAGAAAUAAGAUGGCGUCUAUGGAUGACCGUCAGAAACAAGUCGAAGAUAAAAAGCAAGAACUUCUCCGUCGUAUUGCGGAGAAAAAGAAAAUCGAUAAAGGCAAACCACCACCCCUUCCACCCUCUAGCGAUGGGAAUACACCAACGGCUUCUCGGGCGGGUCCAAUGUUUCUGAACGAUGGCAAUUUCCUAGCUCGCUUUCAAGCCAUGCAACAGCAAAGUACAUCCAGUCCUUCCACUUCAACCGCAACUAUCACAGGCCCAGAAACUCGUCCAACUGUGAGCAUGAAGCUAACAACAGUUAAAAAAUCUACGCCAGUUAAACCUGUUUCCGCCAGGCCCGAGGUAUUCGAGGAUCCGGAAGAAGUGGAAGAAAAUGUUCCCCCACCAGAGGACAAGGAAAUGCUCGAUGUCAUUGAAGUUCUGGCCGCCAGAGUUGUGCGAGGAGGCGAUCAGGUGGAACGUAUCGCUAUACAGGACAACUCAAACAACCCAAAUUAUAGCUUUUUGUUUGAUGUCAAUAGUCAAGGUCACAAAUACUACAAAAAUCUUGUUAGAUGUUUAAGAAGUGCAGGGCAAGGAGCCAGCAAAGGUGUAGACAGUGAGCACAGUGCAAGCACUGGAAUGCAAAAGAGGAAAAGGAAAAGCAGGUGGGAUCCAAAUCCUCCAAAAUCAGCUGGCUCAUCAUCAUCUUCUAACAGUGAUGCAGCAGUUGCUGCUGCUUUGGCUGUGGCAGCAGAAAUUGAGCACAGCAUACCAAUGAGUAAUAAGGAGGAAGAAGAACGUCAGAAACAGAUUAAAGAACAGCAAGAGAUUCAAGAGAUGUACAUGAGAAUAUUAGCUCAACGCACAGCUGGUCAGGCCAGUGCAGCAAUAAAGCAAGACGAAGACAAACCGAAGUAUGAGUAUGAUUCAGAUGAGGACAUAGAUGGUGGCACAUGGGAACAUAAAAGAAGAAAAAAGGAAAUGAGCAAAACAAUAGAAAAAGCGAAAGAACUCACCGAGAAAGGAAAGGGCAAACAUCACCUUGGUGACUUCCUUCCUCCAGAAGAACUGAAAAAGUUUACAGCCAAAGUCAAAGCUGUGAAAGGGGAGUCGUCAUUGGACAGCUUUGAUUUCUCUGACUAUGCUGAGCAUAAGAUAACAGAGAGCAACAUUGGGUACAAAAUGCUGCAACAAGCUGGAUGGAAGGAAGGGAUGGGACUUGGAUCUCAAGGACAGGGGAUCACAGCACCUGUGAAUAGGGGUCGUGCACCAGAGGAUAUUGGAGGUCUGGGUGAAGACAAGCCUGGUGAAAUAAACAGGGAUGAUGAUGAGUUUGACUUGUAUCGCAAGAGGAUGAUGUUAGCUUACAGAUUUAGACCCAAUCCCCUUAAUAACCCUAGAAGACCCUACUAUUAGAUUAUGGAAAACCUUUAGUAUUUCACUUGAAAAAUAUGAUUGUACAUCAUUAGAUAAAUCAUUUUGAAUAUGUCUGUUGCAACAGUUGGUCAUGUGACCAAUAAUUGUUAAAAAUUCUGUUGUAAUUAUGAUAAUUCAAGAAACUUUAAGAGCAUGUUUCAUACAGGCAGAAUGCAGAUUUUUGGGAAAAUUCCACUGAAGAUGGUUAGUUUAAAAGACAAUCUGAGGUCUUCAGGUUUCAAUACUUUCAUCUUGAAGUGAGAAGUCUUUGCCCAGGGAAGUUUUGUAUUGUAAGGUACAGGAAAACAGGCCUGAUUCAUGUAUUUAUAAGAGGUAAAAAGAAGCAAUAAAUAAGGAAGAACAAACUUGUAAGCCAUAUGGGGAAAAAGUGUGUCUAAAUAGUAAAUGAUACCUUGCCUAAACAAAUCUUCCUUAUUUGUGAUGGCAUACCAGUAACCAUGACGAGGAUAUUGGUCUGAAAAUCUACACAGUAGCAAGCAUAUAGCCAUUACUUUAAUUUCUGGGAAAAAUAAGUGUUGAAACUUGCCAGAUCAUCAUGUUUAGGAAAAGGAGAUCAUGUAAUGAUUAUAUUGCAAAAAAACCUCUUGUACUCAGCAAGUAAACAAUAAACAGUCCUUUUUUUUGCUUA